AAAAUGGCAGUAUUUUGGUACAAUGUCAAACUUUCGGGAGAAUUAGACCAUAAGACACUAGAUGGUGGUUGUCCAGUUGUUGUGGGAAAUAAAUGGGUAUUUAAUAAAUGGGUAUGGAAAUACGGCAACACAUUUACCCGGCGCUGCGGUCUGACACCCGACGCAACACAGCUGGACAUAGAACCAUACAUGAGAAAAGGCUUGGUGUAA